AUGUCGGAAUUAAAUAUGGUGGCACUCCUGCUGUCUCUGCUGGCUUCAGUGGCUCUGGGCCAAGCAUCGAUGAGGAGCAAGAGAGUGGCCCUCAACACGUUCACUGAAACAGAGACAACAGGCGUGACAGAGUGGACGUCUUGGUUCAACAUUGACCAUCCUGGGGGGAAUGGAGACUAUGAGCGCCUGGAGGCCAUCCGUUUCUAUUACAGAGAGAGAGUUUGUGCGAGGCCUACAGCCAUGGAGGCUCGCACAACAGACUGGGUGGCAGCAGCAGACACUGGGGAGGUGGUCCACUCCAGUCUGGAGAAGGGUUUCUGGUGCAUCAACAAGGAACAGCCCCGUGGCCACAUCUGCUCCAACUACCACGUUCGCUUUCAGUGUCCCCCAGUGCAGAGUUAUUGGGCUGACUGGAGUGAGUGGGGUCCUUGUUCAACCACGGUGUGUGACGACGUAGGCAUCCAACUCCGCCAGAGGAAAUGCAUGAGCACCCAGCCCAUGCCUCUCCUGUUAGUACCGGCGUGCCAGGGCCACCAUUCAGAAAGGAGGGAGUGCUCCACCCCUCCAUGUACAGCCAAGUGGAGUCCGUGGGGUCGGUGGGCGGCGUGUUCAGUGACCUGUGGUGGAGGUCGCAGGAUUAGGAGGAGGACUUGUGUGCGGUCCUCACCGACAGUACAGUGUACUGGAAGGCCUGCAGAAAUACAAAAGUGUGGGAAGAGUCCAUGCCCAGCCAAAUGUCAGCGUUUGUGCACCGAGGGCCGUCCCAGUGAGGACUGCAGCCGCUGUGUGUGUGAUGGCCACUUGCUACAUGGUGAAGUUUACAGCGUGACUGGUGUCCCUGUCGCAGCAGCCUCGGUGGCACUGGCCAGCCAACCCAAGGUCAUCCGUGCCCGAACAAAUGCUAAAGGCCAGUUCAAGCUCCUGGGAAUUUGCUCCUCCAGCUCCACUUUGAUCACUAUCAGGAAGGAGAAGUUUGCCCCGAUCACUGUCUCCACCUCCAGUAACACCACAGGGUUAUCGUGGAUACGAGCUGCUCUCAAAUCAGCUGAGAAGCCGUACAUUGUAAAACACCCAGAGGACAAGGUGCGUCAUGAAGGAGGACGGGUGCUGUUGUGCUGCAAGGCAACAGGAUCACCGGCACCUGACAAAUACUACUGGUAUCACAAUGGGACUCUGCUGGACAGGAAGGUGUACAAGUAUGAAGAGGACCUUGUACUGCGGGACCUGAAGCCAGAGCAGUCAGGACAGUACUUCUGCAAAACCAGCAGCUCUGCAGGCAGCAUCAAGUCCUCUCCAGCCACCCUCACUGUGAUCGCAAAAGGAACACCAGCAUGCAAUUCUUCCCCUGAGACGCAUCUCAUCAGACUGCCGAUGGACUGUGUUCAACCUGGGACAAAGUCCAAGUACUACAAUGCUGGCCGCUGCCCUCACAACAAAUGUCCUGGCUCCCUAGACUUUGAUAUGCGCUGUAAAGAUGGAACUGGGUUCUGCUGUGGGGUCAAACAUAUGGAGAGUAAAACCAUUGACUGUGGGACCUACAGUCUUCCUAUCCGGGCUGUGUCACAGUGCAGCUGUCAGAAGUGUGUGCAACCGACUGUGCUGGUUCGUGGCAGAGUUGUUACAGCUGACAAUGAUGAACCUCUGCGUUUUGGACACAUUUACAUUGGUAAAGAGAGGGUGGGCACCACUGGAUACCAAGGAGGCUUCACAUUACAAAUUACUCCUGACACACAGAGAUUAGUGGUAAAUUUUGUUGAUCCCACUGAGAAGUUUAUUGACACUCCCAAGGUGUUCAUCUUUGACAAGAAAGGUGGAUCCAUCUAUCAUGAUGUGAAGGUGAUGAGAAAGCAGAUACCGAUUGAUAUUAAUGCAGGAGAAACCAACUCUAUUGACCUAGGUGACAUUAAAGGUGAGGACCCGAUAGGACAGUUGAUUAUUCCUGCCAAUUCCUUCCAUAAGGACAAUGGAGAGGUCUAUGAGGGAACUGUGAAAGCCAGUGUCACAUUCAUUGAUCCAAGAAAUAUCACCACGGCUGCUGCAGCCCCUGGCGAGCUCAACUUUGUGGAUGAUGAGGGUGACAUGCUUCCUUUGAGGACCUAUGGCAUGUUCUCUGUUGACUUCAGAGAUGACACUAAUAAGGAGGUACUUGGAGCUGGAGCAGUCCAAGUCCUUCUUGACACACAGCAUGUCAAAAUGCAAGAGCACAUUCCCAAAAUGAAAUUGUGGUCUCUAAAUCCAGACACAGGAGUUUGGGAAGAGGAGAGCGACUUCUCCUACACCACAACCACAGGGGGUCAUGGGCGGAGCAAACGAGAGGAGCGCACGUUCCUCAUAGGCAACAUGGAGAUCAGAGAACGCAGACUCUUCAAUUUGGAUGUGCCUGAAAACAGACGCUGUUAUGUCAAAGUUCGUGCCUACAUGAGUGACAAGUUUCUUCCUAAUGAACAGUUGGAAGGUGUUGUAAUUAGCUUAAUAAACUUGGAACCCAAGCCUGGCUAUUCCGCUAAUCCCAGGGCAUGGGGCCGCUUUGACAGUGUCAUAACUGGCCCUAAUGGGGCCUGUUUACCAGCUUUCUGUGACUCUCAGAGGCCUGAUGCCUACACAGCUUAUGUCACAGCAAUGAUGGGUGGGGAAGAACUGGAAGCAGCUCCUUCCUCCCCAAAGAUGAAUCCAAAUAUCAUUGGAGUGUCUCAGCCAUAUCUUGACAAAAUAGACUACCAGCGUUCAGACCAUGAGGAUCCAGCUCUGAAGAAAACAGCCUUCAAAAUCAACUUGCCAAAGCCUAACCAAAAUAAUCUUGAUGAGACCAAUGGACCAAUAUAUCCAUAUCAGAAUUUAAUAGGCUGUGAAAAUGCCCCUGUUGAUGCAAAUCAUUUCAGAUUCUUCAGAGUGGAAAAAGACAAGUAUGAAUACAAUGUUGUACCAUUUGAGGAGAAUGAUUUGACAACCUGGACAGGCGACUACCUGUCUUGGUGGCCUAAUCCCCAAGAGUUCAGAGCAUGCUUCAUCAAGGUCAAGAUCCAUGGACAGAAGGAAGUGAUGAUCAGGUCAAGGAAUCUAGGAGGAACACACAGAGAGACAAAAGGCAAACUGUAUGGCAUUAGAGAUGUACGCAGUACCCGGGAUAUGCGAGAAAGCAAUACUUCAGCAGCCUGUGUGGAGUUCAAAUGCAGCGGUAUGUUGUUUGAUCAAGCUGAGGUGGACAGAUCCAUUAUAUCAGUCCUUCCACAGGGGAACUGCCGUAGGAUCAACACCAACAACCUCCUACAAGAGUAUCUCAUUAAACAUCCACCAGUCGCUCAAAACAAUGAGUCCCAUGCAUUCACCAUGUUAGCCCCUGUGGAUCCUUUAGGACACAACUAUGGCAUCUACACAGUCACAGACCAGAAUCCCCGGGUCGCCAAGGAGAUCGCUAUUGGGCGCUGCUUUGAUGGUACCUCAGAUGGUUUCUCCAGAGAGAUGAAGUCAGACUCUGGAGUUGCAUUGACCUUCAGUUGUCCUGAAAGAAAAAUUAACAGAGAAAGCCUCUUCCAGCGCUUGCAGACUAACCCAGGUCAAACAUUGUCUCAGAUGGCAAGGGACAUGAGGGAAUUGGAAGGCCUACAGGUGCAAAGAUCAUCCACCCAGGUGGUGGCCUAUCCUUCAGAGCAGCAGGGCAGGACCCAGAGGCGCAGAGUCAGUUCUACAACCAGGAGGAGAAUGUCCAUGCGCACACAGCAAGGCCAAUAA